AUGACUCAACCAUUGGCGAAGAUAUCAUCCAUGCUUGGGUCGGCCCGAGAUAUGACCAUCGAGGCAGCAGUUUCUGCAUCUUCUAGAUUUGCAGACACUCUGCCAACCGUCAUGGGACCCUCCGAGGUCACAAAAUUACUAAAUUCCCGAGUUGAACGGGACAUUCUUAGCGGGAUGAAGUGCGUAAUGGCACUCAUAUCACGCGGAGAGGAUGGAUUGCCUUUCUUUGGAGAUGUAGUGAAAAACAUCACCACGGGAAACAACCAGGUGAAGCGUUUGAUCUUGAUUUACUUGACGCGAUACGCCGAGUUUGAGCCAGAUACUGCCUUGUUAUCGAUCAAUACUAUCCAGAAAUCCCUUAACGACAAGGACCCAGUUUCUAGAUCAGCCGCUAUCCGAGCCAUGGCUGGAAUCCAGAUCUCGUCAAUUGCACCCAUCGUACUUCUUUGCAUCAAAAAGUGUGUCACCGAUUCAUCUCCAUUAGUGCGUGGAGCAGCCGCCAUAGCGGUGGGGAAAGUUUAUGAAACCGAGGAUUUGGACCGGGCAAGUCAAAAGCAACUUCUUGCACAUUUAGUAAAACUUCUUGGCGAUGGUGUACCUGCAGUGGUAGGCUCGGCUCUCAAAACUUAUCACAAGAUCAAGCCAGAUAUUUCUUCUACACAUCAGAAAUGGGAUAUGAUACAUCAUAUUUUCCGUAAACUCUGUCGGAUUUUGCCACGUUUAGAUGAAUGGAGUCAAACAUUUACAGUCGAGAUUUUGUCCGAGUACUGUCGUCUUUUCUUACCUAGACCAAAGUUGUACUUGGAAGAUGGUUCAGUAGUGGAUUUUGGCACUGAGAAUGCUGGUGCUGCUACCAUAGGAAACAUCCCGUAUGACAUUUCAUAUGAUGCCGAUUUAGAACUCUUUUUGGAAUCUUUGAAGGGCUUAGUACAUACUCAAUCGGAACAUUUACUCUUGGGCGUUUCAAAGGCAAUUUUUAAUUUGGCUCCACCCCUGGUUUAUAUCGAUUAUGGACUUAGUCAAUCAAUGGUGAGGCUAGUGAGUCCAUCCACCCCUUUUCAAGUGAGUUAUUUUGUCCUACAGGCAGUUCGGUCCAUUUCUAUUCUGGACCCAUCUGUUUUUACUCCUUUUUAUAAACGUUUCUACAUUUUCCCUACUGAUCUGUCCGGAUUAGCACAACUUAAGUUGGAAAUCUUGUCAUUAUUGACCAAUGAAGAUAAUUUCAAGAAUGUAUUUGAUGAAUUGAAAUAUUAUGCGAUUAAUUCUAGAGGAAAGGAGGACACAGUGGGCAAGGAAGCCCUCACUUGCAUGGGUAGAUGUGCACAAAUCUCAUCACAAUGGAGCCAUAAGGUGUUGAACUGGUGUCUUAAACAAGUGAAGAGAACAACUUUACACGGUGAGUCCAUUGUAGGCGAACUUCUCACAGUCAUACGCCACUUGCUCCAGCAGAAGCAGGAUCUUCUUAGUAAAAGUAGUGAUGGGAAUGAAGAGGUGAGACAGGAAAUCCUCAAGACUACGUACAGAUUGUCGUUAGCACUUCUUGAUACCGAGUCAAAGUUGGAAAGCAAUGCCAAGGCCAGUAUCAUUUGGAUUAUUGGAGAGUUUACUGGUGCUGCCAAUAAUUUGAUUGGACCUGAUGUCCUUAGAAGAUUGAUUAAGACUUAUGCAUUGGAGGCGGAUAACGUUCGAUACGAGAUUCUCGUAUUAGCAGCUAAGAUUUUAUCUUUUGAACUCGAAAAAUUAAACUCCGAGAAGUCAGAAAUAGAUAUGUUUUUCCAAGAAAAUAUCAUUGCGAAGAUGUUUGCACAUGUAUUACAUUUAGCAAAGUAUGAUAGAAGAUACGAUACGAGGGAUCGGGCUAGAAUGUUGAGUGUGUUGCUUGCUGGAGAAAAUCAUGAAUCACAAUUGGCUGCAUUAUUUUUGCAGGUACCUAAGGGCGCACCAAUUGUAAAAUUAGAUUCAAGAUCGAACAAAGAUACAACAAUAGCCUCUCGUGACUUUUUGUUUGCUGCCUUUUCUAAUAUCUCGGAUUGGACAGACCCUUCGACACACCCGCCUUCAUCAGUAAGAACUGAUAUUUCCGAGGAAACUGCAGGUGGGAAUGGUGUAGUCACUGCAAUUUCAUCCCAAUCAAUUAGAAGUAAAUCCGGAUCGCCUCCAAUAUCCAAUCAUUCCAUUUCUUCCCAACAAUUCCAUCUGGGAGCGCGAACUGCAGUACCAAGACAAACAUACAAAUUACAAAGUUUAGAUGAAUUCUUCGGAGAUGAUGAUGAAGAAGAACUGCAGGAAGAUUCAGAUGAAGAGGAAGACGAAGAAGAAGAAGAAGAUGAUGUUGACGAUGAGAACUUAGAGGAAGGAGUAUCCUCCACAGAGGAAGAGUCCGAAUUGGAAUCUUCUGAAGAAGAGAGUUCAGAAGAAGAAGAAGAAGAAGAAUCCAGCGCGUUAUUCCAAAAUAGGUGA